AGUUGUCUCACAUUAGAAAGGGUGACUUGCUUGACGGAGCACGCUGCCUAUCGUCAUUGAACCACUAACUUUCCUAAAUGCCGAACGGCGGCAGAUCACUGUACCCCAGACUUUGUGGCAGUUCGGUGAUGUAGGAAUGUGACCCCAGAGUCGCACAGCCCCGUGGAUAUAAAUAACCCGACAUGAAGCCUCGAGAGAAAGAAGAUUGUCCUGGCCUACAACAGCCCGAACUGAAACCAUACGUCGGGCUUCAUCUUCCGUCCAGGCUGGAUGAGUGCGUGGGAAACUACAUAUAUAUACGGCAAAUGGGACAGGCUAGUUGCCGAAUGUUCCAUGACUACCACAACUUCUCGACAGAAUCCUAGCGAAAAUAUUUGCCACCAUGAGAGUCGCAUCAGUUCUUCCUGUUCUCACAGGCUUCGCCGCCUCGAACCCGCUCGAGCCACUCGAAGAGCGCCAGAGCGCCUGUCCCAACAUCCACGUCUUCGGGGCCCGCGAGACAACGGUGCCACAGGGCUAUGGCACCUCGCAGGGUCUCGUCAACAUGGUGACUCAGGCUUACCCAGGCAGCACUGCUGAGGCUAUCGUGUACCCGGCCUGCGGUGGACAGUCAAGCUGUGGCGGCGUCAGUUACGAAAACUCAGCAACGCAGGGCACCGCUGCCGUUGUCGGCGCCGUCACCAGCCUUAAUCAGCGAUGUCCCAACACCAAGAUUGUCUUGAUCGGUUAUUCCCAGGGCGGCCAGAUCAUGGACAACGCCUUGUGCGGUGGAGCCGGGGCGACGCUCACCGGCGCCGCCCUCGCUAGUGUGAAGGUGGCUAUUUUCAUGGGCGAUCCUCAUAACGUCAAUGGACUGCCAUAUAACGUCGGCACAUGCCAAGCCGGAGGCUUCGCCGCCCGUCCCAGCGGCUUCCAGUGCUCCCCCGCAAGCCCGUCUAUCAUCCAAUCGUACUGCGACUCGACGGACCCAUACUGCUGCAAUGGCAAUGACGCAAAUUCUCACCAGCAAUAUGUCAACAAGUAUGGUCAACAGGCUUUGACCUUUAUUAAGGGCAAGCUCGCAUAAAUGGGUAUGAAGGAAAGUUCGAAACAGUACCUAGUGAGACAUCCAGCUAACCCGGACAGAACGGAGAUCUGACCACGGAAAGGCCCAGUAUAUAUCACUCUGGUGUGGGAUUUGAAAGUAGUUCGUCAUAUUCGAAAAUGAAAUAGUUGAAAUUUGGCAGUGUUCCAAUUGCCAUGACCACCUGCAGCUGCUAAACAUUCAACCACUGGAUGAAAGAACUGAUGUCGAAUAUCACGUGUAUCCAAUCGAGUAGUCAGCAGUGCGUAAGAUUGUAUUAUGAAUGAG